AACUAAUUUCUACGAAAAGGAACAAGGACUAUCAGGAUUAUAUUAGGCUUCUACUAACACUGGUCCAUAUUCUUCCCAAAAUAUAUUUAACCAGGGAGAGGGAUAAACUAUUCCCAGCUCGAUAACCUGAAAAGUUAGGAGGUUCCGGUUUAAGGAAUUCAUGAAAUCAAAUUGGCAGCAUUGUUUAAAGUUAAUGUGUCAUUUCUAGGUGGCAAUAAUAUUUAUAGAACCGGUCGAUAGUCCAUAUCUAAGUAAUUGACAUUUGAAAAAUUUUCCGACUGUCAUUUAAACUGUGUCCGGUCUUCAUUUUUCGAUUCUGUGCCGUAACUCUGAAUCAUUCAGCUGAUUUUUCUUGUGAAUUAUGGAUACUAAUAAUUGUGCCACCCCAUCGUGCCAGCCAGCGUGUAAAAUAGUCAGGAACGGUAGCUCCAAUCCUGUGUCCACUGGAAAUGAAAGCAAUGAGCACUUACGCAAGAUAUUUGUUGGUGGCUUAUCCAAUCAAACGACUGUGGAGUCCUUGCGUGAAUUUUUCCAAAAGUUUGGAGAAGUAACCGAUGCGGUGGUCUUGCGAGAUCUUGUUACCGGUUGGUCCAGGGGCUUUGGGUUUGUCACCUAUGUGGAUCCCAAGUCCAUCGAAUAUGUCCAAGAGUCAGGACCACAUACUAUUGAUAAUAAAGCUGUGGAAACCAAACCUGCUCAGCCACGUCGCGAGUUUACCAAACCGGGAGGUGGAGGUACUGCUGCUUCUGGCGUUGGAACUGGUGGCGCGGUCAAAAGAAUCUUCCUGGGUGGUUUAAAGGAAUGCCAUAAUAAUGAUAACAUUGGCGAAUACUUUUCACAGUUUGGCAAAGUCUCCACUGUGAAAUUGAUUUUGGACAAUGAGACAGGUCGUAAGCGAGGAUUUGGAUUCCUGGAUUUUGAGAAUCCAGCAAGUGCCGAAAAAGCUUUGGCCCAAGAGAAGCAUUUAAUUAAUAUGGGCGCGGUGGUGGUGAAGAAGUCAACCCAGAAUCCUGAUCACGGCAAGCGACAGCGGUUCCCCAUAAUCGAAUCAACCCGAGACUCCUACAUGCCCCCGUUGGAUAGCUAUAACUGCAACAGCAUAAACUUUAAUCCCUACCUGACGCAAUCUGUCUUGCCGCCAUCGGCAUUCAGCAACGGUUGGGCUGCGUAUGUGACACCAUUGCCUGGACCCUGGCAUCCUCAUCAUAAGCCGGUGCAGAUGCUAACUGAUGCUAAUGCUCAAGAUUUAUGGUCCUACUAUCCAAAGCAUGGAAAAUAUCCAGCUGAAGAAUGGACACCCAGCAAGCUGGCUGAAUAUCCACCCAAGGCUGGCCACAAACAUGCCCAAACGUCGACCACCGAUCGUCCCAGGAACGAUUAUAAGUGUGCCCAGUCGACUCCUACGAUUGCUACGAUGGAUUUGGGGGCCCGAGGUGAUGCAGAUGGACGAUCGGGAGUUGGACUGGGAAUAAGCCCAGGAUCACCCGUUGGAAUUGGGGCAAUAAAGAAAUGGCCCACUGCGGACUUUAAGAUUUUUAAGCCCGCUGCAAAUUCAACCCAAUGCCUCAAUACGAAGAUGAGCAGUGAUCGUUCAUCACCAGCUUAUGGCGUCUAAAAGAAUUGAGGAUUGGGUCAACAUAAAAUUCUAAAGGAACUUCCCGAAUUCUUACGAUUUUUAUGAUUCCUUUAGGAAAACUGAUAUCAAAAAACACCCGCACAGCUUUAUAACAAGA